GACUCACGUACACAUUUUCUCAAACACACACCCGUACGCCUAUUCAUACGUACACAACCCAUAUCUGUGUACACAAACACACACACACACAGACACACACACACACACACACACACACACACACACACAAAUGUUCAGACACACAUCCUCCUACCUACACACACAUAUAUACCUAACUCACCAGACAACUGCCUGGUCACAUAUCAAUUGAAGUAAGAGAGGACUUGGUCACUUUCUGCCAGAUAAUGUCGUUAUCUUCACGCAUCUAUUUCCCGCCACUCGGGCUGUUCUACUUUAUCAGCCUGACAAGUAGUUGGUCAUACUUGGAACCUGGAGGAACCAUCGACUGGUCGUCAAAGAACAACACCUGCGACAAAAGUUUUCAGUCUCCAAUCGAUAUCAUCUCGUCGGAGGCCACCAAUAAACGCUUUCCUCCUUUUCAUAUGGAACACUACAGCACCGCCGCCGAUGGCGCACCCAUCGUCAAUAACGGACACACAGUGGAGGCACAUCUGAUCCAAAGUCCAGCACCUACUCUGUCUGGCGGCGGACUCAGUGGUAUAUAUACAGCAUUACAGUUUCAUUUUCACUGGGGUUCCUCCGAUAAUUAUGGUUCCGAACAUUUUCUCGACGGCAACUCUUUCCCGAUGGAGAUGCAUAUCGUCCACUAUUCCCAGAAAUACCCUAAUAUAUCGGAGGCCCUCACGAAGAAGAACGGUUUAGCUGUACUGGCUAUUUUCUUCGAAGAAACGAGAGCCAUUUGUAUUGCAAUCUCCUCAAACUGUUGCCCAAAAAUGUCGAUCAGUUUUAUCGCUAUUCCGGAAGUUUAACAACGCCACCAUGCUCAGAAUCUGUAGUAUGGACAGUUUAUCCGGAAGCGGUUAAAAUCUCGUCUUGGCAGGUAAGA